AUGGAACAAGGUAAUAGAGGCACCAUCAUGAUCACAAACGAUGAUGGAAUCGACGCACCUGGCCUCAGAGCUUUGGUUGCCGCUCUCGUCGCCACCAAUCUCUACAAUAUUCAAGUUUGUGCUCCUGAUUCUGAGAAGUCGGCGGUUAGUCAUUGUAUUACUUGGAUUCAUCCUAUAGCUGCCAAGAAAGUUCACAUUGAUGGAACCACGGCCUAUGCAGUUUCUGGGACUCCAGCUGAUUGCACUUCUCUGGGAAUUUCCAAAGCACUUUUUCCUACAGUAGUUGAUCUGGUAUUAAGUGGCAUAAACAUGGGUAACAACUGUGGUUAUCACAUUAUUUACUCGGGCACAGUUGCUGGAGCUCGAGAGGCGUUCUUCUAUGAUAUACCUUCUAUCUCCAUUUCAUAUGACUGGGCUAAAGCAACAAGUAACCUACAUGACUUUACCCUUGCCGCGCAAGCAUGCAUACCUAUCAUAAGUGCUUUACUAGCUGAUAUAAGGAACCAAAGAUACCCUUCAGAAGUGCUUUUUGAAUAUAGAUAUUCCAAGCAAUGUUGCUAA